CUUCUUUUUAUACGUCAGGCAAACCACUGUCAGUAAAACAAGGACCCAGCAAGUGUAGUAGUUUCUAGUUAACUCCCUUGGGGGGGGGGGAAAUCAUAUUAAUACAGAAUUUAAGGUCGAACAAUAGUUACGUUCAUUUGGCACGUUUGACCGUUGCUUGCAAGUUUUUAGUAAACUGCCAGUGAGUGGUAGUAACGAAGAGGAUAGCUAGCUGCAGUAGCUAGCUAACGGCGUUAGCAGUUUACACAGGUACUAGCUAGACAACCAUCUGCCAGAAGAAUGAAUGUCCCUAAAAGUGGUUAUCGGGUUUUCUCUGCCAAUUCCACUGCAGCAUGUACAGAACUAGCCAAGAAGAUAACCGAACGAUUGGGAGUUGAAUUGGGCAAGUCUGUGGUCUAUCAAGAGUCUAAUAGAGAGACCAGAGUAGAUGUGAAAGAAUCGGUUCGUGGCCAAACAAUCUUCAUAAUCCAGACCAUACCUAGAGAUGUGAACACGGCCAUUAUGGAGCUGCUGGUCAUGGCCUACGCCCUCAAGACCUCCUGUGCCAAAAACAUAAUUGGGGUGAUUCCCUACUUCCCCUACAGCAAACAGUGCAAGAUGAGAAAAAGGGGUUCCAUAGUGUGUAAGCUGCUGGCGUCCAUGCUGGCCAAAGCCGGUUUAACUCACAUCAUCACUAUGGACUUGCAUCAGAAGGAGAUCCAGGGCUUCUUCAGUUUUCCUGUGGAUAACCUGCGUGCUUCCCCGUUCCUGCUCCAGUACAUCCAGGAGGAGGUCCCAGAUUACAGAAACGCCAUUAUUGUGGCCAAGUCCCCAUCGGCUGCCAAACGGGCCCAGUCCUAUGCAGAGCGGCUGCGUCUGGGCCUGGCAGUGAUGCACGGGGAGGCUCAGUGUUCAGAGUCUGACAUGGCUGACGGACGACACUCUCCCCCCUGUGUCCGUAACACCUCAGGACACCCUGGGCUAGAGCUGCCAUCAGGCAAACAACAAGCUCCGUUCCCUGGCAUAGAGCUCCCAAUAAUGAUGGCCAAGGAGAAGCCCCCGAUCACUGUUGUAGGCGAUGUGGGAGGAAGGAUCGCCAUCAUUGUUGAUGACAUCAUAGAUGACGUGGAAGACUUUGUGGCUGCAGCAGAGAUCCUGAAGGAAAGAGGGGCCUAUAAGAUCUACAUCAUGGCCACACAUGGCCUGCUGUCUGCUGAUGCGCCGCGCCUUAUUGAGGAGUCUGCCAUUGACGAGGUGGUGGUGACCAACACAGUCCCUCAUGAGGUGCAGAAGCUUCAGUGUCCCAAGAUCAAGACCGUGGACGUCAGUAUGAUCCUGGCCGAGGCCAUCCGACGCAUCCACAACGGGGAGUCCAUGGCUUACCUGUUCCGCAACAUCACAGUGGAUGACUAGGGCCAGGGACAUAGAAUUCAGUCCAGGAUGGAGGUGAGGCGUUCGGUGAAAGGCUGGAGGGAUACACAGUAUACCUCCCCCAUCUCGUUCCAGUGCUAGAAACGCAUGCAGCUCCUGUUCUCAGCACCUCCACGAACAGCCUUGUUCAGAUGAUUAGGACAAAGGGGAGUAACGUCCAACAACAUAUCCUCUCAUAAUCCAUCAGCUUUUAAGUGCCCAACACAACUUAGAAACAACGUAUUAAAAGAAGCAACUGAGUGACUACGGAUUCCAACUUUCUCUGGAUCUGUUGUCCGCCUGUUUCAAAAAACAUCAUCCCAAAGCUUGUGUGCGUGUCAUGUCAAAAAUACAUGUGCUAUGCUACGGUUUAACACCAUCUUCUAUCAUUUCGAAUCACCUAAUAAAAAAUGUAAACACUGUAGGCCACCUUUGAGCUGGAUGAACCUUAAGUCUGGGAAACUCUCUUUUGUUUUAAAGAUGAACUAAAAACUAAAGGUCCUGAAAACGUUGGAUCCGUAGCCAUGAAACAAAAUGGGAAGCAAUACUAACAUUUUGAUUAACAUUCAUAUUUGUUAGGUCAUGUUUGUUAUUUUCACUUUGUGAAGUCUGGCAAACCAGAUAUGUAUUUAUUACAGUAACUCGCGUCCAUGGAAGGUUUGAUACCUAUUUAAAUCUCUCCAAUGUCUCCGGUUAUGAAGGGAAUUAUUUUAUUAGAGCAACCUGAAACUAUAUCCUAAUGUCUCUGUAAUAAAGUAAGUUGACUGUGUCUUACCAAUAAUAUUUAUUGCGUGUAACAUUCCCCCCUCACUUCCCUGGUAGUCCAGGCCUGAUGAGCACUGUGACUGCUUAGCUAAAUCUACUGAGAGUAGGGCCCAAGUACAGCAGCCCACCUAAGUCCCAGCAAUCACCCACCAAUUGGUCUGUAUGUAAUAACAUUCUGCUUAUUGUGUACCACCACCAUUACGCCAGAAAUGUGGAACUUUUGAACCGCCAUGUUGGAAACCCCGAAACUGCCAUAAUGUCACUUUAUUGGUCCAGUCAGUCAACUGUUCUCUGUAACUGUAAAUUGUGUCAUUAUAAUUAACGCAGGCGGUUGGGCAUAUCUGAAUUUAUAUGACCUUCAACAUUAAAAGGCGAUAUGACAACCAGCCACUAACGAAGCAGGCUUUCCUUAAUGGUCUUGUUACUUGUCAUUGGAAAAGACUGACGUGUGCACGCUGAGAUCAUCUUUUGCUUUAUUUAGAAAUUGGUCCCAAAUGGACACUUCAAUAUGCUUUGCAGUUUUGUGGUGUCAGCUGGCUUAAUAGGAGGACUAAGUUAUGUACAUCUUGCAUUGUAGGAUUAAGUGGUCAUGAUGAAUGCCAUUUGGUGUCUUCAAAGAAAAUCUUUUAAAAGCUGACCACCAUGGGAUGUUGUCUGAAUAUGCCGAUUGAUUCUUAUGCUCAGGGAAAUGCUUCUGAGGCAUGUAAAAAACCCACAAAUGCUUUAAUGCUUGUGCCUUUUUCUUUUGGUGCAAUAAACUCUCAUUGUAAAUGUGUUGCAUUCUGACUGGCAGAACAUCCUCAUUACCACCAUUUGUGGAUGUUCAAUCCCUUGUUAUUCUGUAGAAUGUUCUUAUAGGGUAAACUGCUAGACCUGUCUAGACACAAGAAUAGGUUGUCAGUCUCAGAAACAUAGUCCUUGCAAUGUUAAGUGAGUCUGUCUUCCAAAACCAUAUUGAGUUGUGUGUCUACUCUAAAUGUAGUCUAUUUGUGGGCUUAGAACUGAAUCAUGGAAGGAUAUUUUGAGAUAUUGGAAAGUAAGUCUUGUCUCGUACUUUACCACAGAUAAAUAUAGGGACACCAUUGUUGUGCACAUGCAAAGUUGAAGGUAGAUUUUUUAUGUCAUUGCUUACUAGAGUUAGUGGAAUGACAGGAAGACUGUGGGAGAAGCUAGUUUUUCAAAUUGACUAAAUGGAGAAAAGGGGUACUCCUCAAUAUCUUAAACUAUUUCUUAAUUAAAAAACCUCUGUCAUUGGUCUGUGCAUCAAAUCUUUUGUAAACAAAAAUAAAUUGUUGGCAUCAA